CCUACUACCAAAAACAACUGCAAUACGAUCGCCAUGUCGAAGUCGGAGAGCGAAAUCGUUGACUUAGAGGAUCGAGAUCCUCGUAAUCUUAGCCAGCAUAUACAGGUAUCUUGGAGUGAUAUCUUUGGAGAGCCAGGGUCUAUCAGAAGUCCGGAAUGUGCCUGGAGCGUCAGCCAGCACUGUUUCAAAUUAUCCAGAAAUGUUGUCUAUAUAUGUUUUACUGUUUUGUGCGCUCCCGUGGUAUCUUGUAUCAUGGGUGCGUGUUUCGCUUGCAUUUCGUUCCAGUAUAUUUGGUGUCUUAACCCGUGCUUGAGGUUAUGGAAGAUCUCUUGUGGUGCUACAAGGAAUUUUGUAAAGGGCGUGACAAACGGAAUCGUCAUCCCAUGCGCAGAAGCGUGCGGUUACGUAUUAUCGCAGAUAAGGGUAAGGACUAGCGUGAUGUCGGAUGAAAAAGAAGAAAAUGUUGAGUUCUUAAUUGUUUAA